AUGCGGGCGCGGUGGCCCCGGAUGUGGAUGAAGUGGCGGUGGGUGGCGGUCGCUGCUCUGCUCGCCGUGAUCCUGCCGCCGUCCAACGCCACGCUCUCCCCUGCCGGCAUCAACUACGAAGUGGUGGCUCUGAUGGCCAUCAAGACGGAGCUGGAGGACCCCUACAACGUGCUCGACAACUGGGACAUAAACUCCGUCGACCCCUGCAGCUGGAGGAUGGUCACCUGCUCCUCCGACGGCUACGUCUCCGCCUUAGGACUGCCUAGCCAGAGCUUGUCCGGGAAGUUAUCACCCGGCAUCGGCAACCUCACCAAGCUGCAAUCUGUGCUGUUACAGAACAAUGCGAUUUCUGGCCCUAUUCCUGGUACGAUAGGAAGGCUGGGGAUGCUAAAGACUCUUGACAUGUCAGAUAACCAGCUCACGGGGAGUAUCCCAAGUUCGUUUGGAAAUCUCAAUAACCUCAAUUAUUUGAAGUUGAACAAUAAUAGCUUGUCUGGAGUUCUGCCUGAUUCACUUGCCAGCAUUGAUGGUUUUGCUCUCGUAGAUUUUUCGUUUAACAAUCUCAGUGGCCCAUUACCCAAGAUUUCUGCAAGAACCUUUAUCAUAGCUGGAAAUCCAAUGAUUUGUGGUAACAAGUCUGGAGGUAACUGCUCUUCUGUGUCACUUGACCCACUCUCUUACCCACCAGAUGAUCUGAAAACUCAGCCACAACAAGGCAUUGGAAAGAGCCAUCAUAUUGCUACAAUAUGUGGAGCAACUGUUGGUUCAGUAGCUUUUGUAGCUGUUGUAGUUGGUAUGCUUCUUUGGUGGCGUCAUAGGCGAAAUCAGCAGAUCUUUUUUGAUGUUAAUGAUCAAUAUGAUCCAGAAGUUUGUUUGGGCCAUCUGAAGCAGUAUGCUUUCAAGGAGCUCCAUGCAGCUACUAACAAUUUUAACUCAAAGAACAUCUUAGGUGAAGGUGGAUAUGGCAUAGUAUACAAGGGCUAUUUGCGUGAUGGCUCUGUUGUUGCUGUCAAAAGGCUGAAGGAUUAUAAUGCCGCCGGUGGGGAAGUUCAAUUCCAAACUGAAGUUGAAGUCAUAAGCUUGGCUGUUCAUCGGAAUCUCCUCCGUCUCAUUGGCUUCUGCACUACAGAGAGUGAGAGGUUACUUGUUUAUCCAUACAUGCCAAAUGGAAGUGUUGCUUCUCAAUUGCGGGAACAUAUUAAUGGCAAGCCAGCUCUAGACUGGUCAAGGAGGAAGAGGAUAGCACUAGGCACAGCACGGGGUCUGCUCUACCUUCAUGAGCAAUGCGAUCCAAAAAUAAUCCAUCGAGACGUAAAAGCCUCCAAUGUGCUUCUUGAUGAAUAUUUCGAAGCAAUUGUGGGAGAUUUUGGAUUGGCAAAACUCUUGGAUCACAGGGAGUCUCAUGUUACAACUGCAGUUCGUGGGACUGUCGGACAUAUAGCACCAGAGUAUCUGUCAACUGGCCAGUCAUCAGAGAAGACUGAUGUGUUUGGAUUUGGGGUUCUGUUAGUUGAGUUGAUCACUGGUCAGAAGGCGUUGGAUUUUGGAAGAGUAGCGAAUCAGAAGGGUGGAGUGCUCGACUGGGUUAAGAAACUUCAUCAAGAAAAGCAGCUAAGCAUGAUGGUGGACAAAGACUUGGGUAGCAACUACGACAGGGUUGAGUUGGAGGAAAUGGUUCAGGUGGCUUUGCUAUGCACACAAUACCAUCCAUCUCACCGACCCAGAAUGUCUGAGGUAAUCAGGAUGCUGGAAGGGGACGGGCUCGCAGAGAAAUGGGAAGCGUCGCAGAACGUGGACACACCAAAGUCCGAUGAGUCGGAGAUCUUACCUCCAAAGUACAUGGAUUUUGCCGCGGAUGAAUCCUCGCUUGGCCUAGAGGCCAUGGAGCUCUCUGGACCAAGGUGA